AGUGAAAAGCUUUUGUUAUAUGAUACAGUCCAGAGUGAACUAGAGGAGAAGAUAAGAAGGCUUGAAGAGGACAGGCACAGCAUUGAUAUUACCUCAGAGCUGUGGAAUGAUGAACUUCAAUAGAAAAAGAGAAAGGAUCCUUUUAGUCCUGACAAAAAGAAGCCAGUUGUUGUUUCAGGUCCAUAUAUAGUUUAUAUGCUACAAGAUCUUGAUAUUCUUGAAGACUGGACAACAAUUAGGAAGGCAAUGGCUACAUUGGGUCCACACAGAGUGAAAACAGAACCACCUGUGAAACUGGAAAAACAUUUGCACAGUGCUAGAUCUGAAGAGGGAAGAUUAUAUUAUGAUGGUGAAUGGUAUAUACGUGGACAAACAAUAUGUAUUGAUAAAAAAGAUGAAUGUCCUACAAGUGCUGUAAUUACAACAAUUAACCAUGAUGAAGUUUGGUUUAAGAGGCCUGAUGGAAGCAAAUCUAAGCUUUACAUUUCGCAGCUACAGAAAGGAAAAUAUUCAAUUAAACAUUCGUAAUCAUGAUUUAAGUGUUAUCUAAAUCUACCUUAUUAGUGUUACCAAGUGUGAUGUGCCAUGGGAGUAAAAAAUGUAUUCAAUAACUUAAUAUUCUCAUCGAAUCAUGAGAGACUGUGUAUUUGCAGGUAGUACUCUAAGUAGACCUCAUACUGAUAGGAUAUUGAGAUAGUAAUACAAGUUUAAUCAUGAUCAUCCAUUUAUUUGCCUAUCAGGUCCAAUGACCCAUAGGUAUAUAUGGUAGGGGUUUCUUACAAAACUUCUUUGGUUUUUAAAAACAUUAUGUAAAUGUUUUAUCUUUAGUGGAUUAUAUUGCUAAAUGGCUACAUAUACCUGCAGUUUUUAAAAUUUUCCAUAUCUUUGUCACUGAUCGUGUGUUUGUAAAUAAGCCUGAUAAAAUGUUUCCUAGAAAUGGUUUGUAGUAGUACAUUAGUGUUAAAUCAGAAUUGAAAUUUAAACAUAUAUAUGUGAGUAUGUAUAUAUGGCUUCAUCAGCUUAUUUAGAACUGAUGGCCUUACUUUACAAUCUUGUUUUACCCAAAAUUAAGCUAUUGGGUUUGAAAGCUAAAAGGAGCACUUUUAUAGACUAGCAGCUUUCCUUCUCCUCUUCCUUGAUUGUAUGAUGGUGACCUAUUUUUACAAAUUAUACUUAAUGUUAAUUAGUAAAAUUAGUGUCAAGUAAUCACAUGCUUCUACCUGUAUUUCUUGUGAGCCUUUAGAGGGCAGGUAUUUAUGCCUGGUAUUUAUGAUGCAGUAUCUAAGUGGUAAGCAGUAACUGACAGUAUUGUGGUGCUUGCUGUACAUGUCUGGUCUUUUGAAACAGAUUUUUAGUAAGCUUUUUCCAGAGGUAAAACUAGGUUCUUACCCUAAUUUUAUUCCCAGGGCAAAAUAGGAAUAAUUUUCUUGAAUUUAUCCCCAUGUUAAUAUUUUUAUCUUUGGUGUUUCUACACUUUAAGGCCACUUGGUGCAAUUUAGAAAGUAUUGGCCUCUCUUCCCUUCACCACAUUCAAAAUUAACUUCUAAAACCUCAGGAACAGUACAAAGAAUCGUAACCCUUAAUAUGGCAGCAUAAUUGGCUGUAGUCUGUAUUAGGGUACAACCAAAUCAAGUAUUCCUGGUGGUCUUGUGCACUUUAAUUUCUGUUAUAAUGAGAAUUAAGCAGAUGAGGAAGAGACCCACUUAUUAACACAUAGGGCAGGACUACCUGCAUUAAUCCUUUAUUUUCUUACUAUUUUACCUCUGCAGACAUCUUCCUGUGCGGAUCACUACUUCACGUUGCCAAAUGUUAAAAUAUUUGACUUCUGAAAUUUGUUAUCAGCAGUUAUGUACUUUGUUCUGAUUCUAAUUAACUUUAGCAAUUUACACAAUGUCAUAAUCUGAUAGUAUUUGACAGUACUUAUGUAUACAAUGUUUCAUAAGCAUUUUAAUAAGAUUUGUAUUUUUAAAUUUAGUAUAUAAAUAAAACGAUGUGUUUG